CCUAUGUUAGUCUCAGAGAGUAAAUGCAAAUAUUAGAAAAAUAACCCCCGUCCCCACUCAUAAAUGGUAUCGUCCAAAGAUGGCAGCCUCCGUGUGGAAGCGUUGUAUGAGUGCAGCAGUCAAAGUUAAAUGUUUAUCGCCGUCUCUUUCAGCCAGAAGAUGGUUGCUCUCUGCAGCUUACACAGAUACCAAACUGUGGGAGACACGAGAAAAAGAUCCACAGAGCCUGGCUGCACUGGCUGACAUUAUGGACAGGACAUAUGAGAGGAAUCUCCCAGUUAGCUCUCUGACUGUGUCUCGGUUUGUUGACAACAUUUCAUCUCGAGAAGAAGUUGAUCAAGGCGAAUACUACCUUUACAAGUUUCGUCACAGCCCAAAUUGUUGGUACCUGAGAGACUGGACCAUCCACAGCUGGAUCAGACAGUGUCUGAAAUACGGAGCCAGGGAGAAGGCCAUGCACACACUUAAAAAUAAGGUCCAGUUUGGUAUAUUCCCAGACGACUUCACCUUCAACCUGCUCAUAGAUUCUUACAUUAAGGAUGGAGACUUUAAAGGUGCAUGCUCUGUGGUUGAAGAGGUGAUGCUUCAGGAGGCCUUUGACCUUCCCUCCACACAAAUCCUGUCUUUGUAUGCUCUGGGCACUUAUCUAGCAAAAAGACCACAACUCACUGUGUCAGAGGAGAGGGCUUUGGGAGCAUCACUGCUCAUCUCCGGACUGGAGCAAGACAACACUGUUGGCCUGAGCGCCCAGCUGCUUGGCAAUGCUCUCCUAGGAAAGGUGGAGAUGUUAAAGGGCAUACACGCCGUCUUCAAAGGGAUGCCUCUCUUCUGGGGUCAUGGAUAUGUGGGCCGAGCACUGGCUGUCAUGGAGGCAGCUGUUUCUGGUGAUGUCAAGCUGUCCAAAGACACGCUGGACUACGUGAGUGACUUGCUGCAGGACCUGUCUUCUGCCUCAGACACCGACUCAUCCGGAGAAGAGUCCACAGGUGAAGAGGACAAGAAAGAAGACACCGUAGAUGAAGAAGAUCAGGCUGAGCAGGCCAAGCUACCUCAGUAUGCCAACAGAUUCAAGGAGCUGAGCAGCCAACUGGAGUCAAAGGGGAAAGUGGACUCUGCCUCCUUCCAGGCUUUAGUGACCUCUCUGGCCCAGCAGAACCUGGCAGCUGCUGAGAAACCCGACUUGGAGCGGUACGAGAGCCGUGUAGAGGCCUGGGAGGCCGAGAAGAGGCAGCUGAUCCAGAGAGAAAAGGAGAUGAGGGAGCAGGCUGAGAAGGAGAAACAAGAGCGAUUCUCUGCAAAGGCUGCUGCCAAAGUCAGCUGAAACAUGGCUGCUGAAUUGUCCACUGAGUAUGUACAUUAAAAUUGUGUAUACUUAGGAGAUAAUUUUAUUUCUCUAAAAUUGUGAAAUAUUAACAUUGUCAACAUUACAUCUGCUCACGUCGUUAUUGCUUUUGUAUAUGUUAAUUAUUAUGUGCUUAUGUGAUGUGGUGAGUAUUGCUCUGUUUUUAUAGAAUUAAAAUGGGCAAAUAUAAUUAUAUUGUCAAAACAAA